CUUCCUGUGGUGGGUGUCGCCUGUGUUGACAAACAUUUAUUCUCUCACUAGGGCGGAGAUUUGUUCAUUUUACGAGUCAAAAAUCUGCUAAAUAAACGCUUUAUUUAAUAGAUAGGAAUACAACGGAAAGGAUUAUUGUUUGGUAUUAAAUGCAAGUAUGGGUUGCUGCCUGACUGUUGGACCAAAUGAAGCGCUCGUUGUGUCAGGUGCCUGUUGUGGGUCAGAUGCAAAGACGUAUGUGGUGGGAGGCUGGGCGUGGGCAUGGUGGCUUAUAUCAGACACACAGAGAAUUACACUAGAGAUUAUGACACUACAGCCUAAGUGUGAAGACGUGGAGACAGCGGAGGGAGUCGCUAUUACAGUUACAGGAGUUGCUCAAGUCAAGGUCAUGACUGACAAAGACUUGCUGGCUGUUGCCUGUGAGCAGUUUCUGGGAAAGUCUGUCAUGGGAAUCAAGGCUGUGGUCCUGCAAACCCUAGAGGGACAUUUGCGUUCUAUCUUAGGCACUUUGACAGUGGAGCAGAUCUACCAGGACAGAGAUGAGUUUGCUCGGCUGGUGAGGGAGGUGGCAGCUCCUGAUGUGGGCCGGAUGGGCAUUGAAAUCCUCAGCUUCACUAUAAAAGAUGUCUAUGAUAAGCUGGACUACCUGAGCUCUCUUGGAAAAACUCAGACAGCGGCUGUACAAAGGGAUGCCGACAUCGGAGUAGCCGAGGCAGAGAGGGAUGCUGGGAUUAGAGAAGCUGAGUGCAAGAAAGAAAUGAUGGAUGUGAAGUUCUUGGCCGACACAAAAAUGGCCGACUCCAAACGAGAGCUGGAACUGCAGAAAGCUGCUUUCAAUCAAGAAGUGAACACUAAGAAAGCCGAGUCUCAGCUGGCCUAUGAACUACAGGCAGCUAAAGAGCAGCAGAAGAUCAGAUUGGAGGAGAUUGAAAUCGAGGUUGUGCAGAGGAAAAAGCAGAUCUCCAUCGAGGAGAAAGAGAUUGACAGGACAGAGAAGGAGCUGAUUGCGACGGUCAAGCGUCCUGCUGAAGCAGAGGCUUACAAGAUGCAGCAGCUGGCUGAAGGGCAAAAGUUGAAGAAAGUGCUGAUUGCUCAGGCCGAGUCAGAGAAGAUCAGGAAGAUCGGAGAGGCAGAGGCCAUCUCUAUCUCAUCUGUGGGGAAGGCUGAAGCCGAGAGAAUGAGGCUGAAGGCAGAGGCCUACCAGCAGUACGGAGAGGCCGCCAAGACUGCACUCGUCCUAGAAGCGCUGCCCAGGAUUGCUGGAAAGGUAGCGGCUCCUCUGGCCAGGACCAAUGAGAUUGUUAUUCUGAGUGGGGACGGAAGCCGCGUGACCGGGGAGGUGAACCGCCUCCUCGCCGAGCUGCCCGUGUCUAUUAAUGCACUCACGGGUGUGGACCUGUCCAAGAUGCCUCUGUUGCAGAAGAUGACAGGUGCUCAAGCAUGAAGUCAAUCAAUGGCUCCUUCAUGAUGUGUUGCAUGCACUCACAGAAACUGCCUUUAGAAGAUUUUUUUUUUUUAAUUAAAAAACAAAACAAAACAAAAAACAAGUAGAUUUUUGAUACCUCUGGUGCCUUAAUGUUUCAUAGGACCAGAAUUUGUGCAUGCACUGCUGCUCCCACAUUCUGCAAUUUAUUUUUAAAUCACUUGCCGCUGGAGUCAUUGUACAUCACAUACGUCAGAGACCAUUAGAACAACCAGAAUUGAUUUUUGUUUUGUUUUGUUAUAUAUUUUUGUAGUGUCAGCAUACAAAAACUCAACCUAUCACACUUUAUUCUUUACUAUUUUAUACACUUUAUUUUCAUCUCAACACUACACAGACACUUUAACACUCAAUGGUUUAGAUUACGAUCAAAUCUUUUUAUCCAUCCAAAGUCAAGCAUUACUUCUUCAUUCAUGUUAAGUCAUGUUUCUAACUAAAAAGAGGCGACUUUACCUUACAGAUCCUGCCAUGAUUUCUAACAUUCAGGAAGACUGCCACUGAUGUAGAGUAGCGAGUAGCAUUCAGUAUACUAAGCUCUUGGGCAAAAGCAUUGGCUUACGGAUAAAUAUCAGUGUCGUAUUAGAUAGAAUCAAGCAAAGUGCUCCUCUUCUUUUUAAAUGUUGCCGACACAUAAACAAACAUGGCCUUUAUAAACCGAUCCAUCUUCUGAAUUAUCAUGUAAGUCACCUGAGCUCAACAAUAGUUCAGAUCACUUUUUUUUGCCUGUAGAUUUUUAAGAUCUUUGGAUUGUAUGUGUGCUUUGUUUUGUUUAUAUUAUUGGAGAAAAUUAGUUUUUAAAAGAAAUGUAGUUUUGGAGAGAUUUAGCAAACUCAUGUCUGGAUAUCCAACCAAUCCGAUGCUGUUAAUAUAGUUUCAUGACAACAGAGUUGAGCCAUUUUUAAGACAGUUUUGUAUAGUUGUAUGACAGCCAUGCCUAACAAAAUCUUUCUAAAUAUUAACACGAGUUAGAUACUGUAAUGUGUGUCAUGAGAUGAAUUUAUGGACAAUAAUAUUCUGUUCUGUAGUGGUUUAUCUAGAUUGUGUAUUCUUUUGUCACUGUGAAAGUUGUAUUACCUCGUUUUCCUCAUUCGGUUCAGAGCGAGUGGCGGUUUGCAGUAGAGUUUGACAUGUUUGUACAUUUAUUCUGCUGGGUUCAGUAGUGCUGUGAAGGGGCAAAGUCACUUGUCCUUUUUUAUUUGUCAUGCUAAUGAAAACACCAAAUGAUAAAGCCAAGUGAUCGCACUCCUCUUUCUGCGAUUUUAUUCAUAGUUUUUUUUAUCUGCUUAAUGUCCAUUUUGUUUAAUAAAAUCUUUGUAAAACUGAUUUAUUGUUUAUUUUGUUUUAGUAUGAGUAAAAUGCCCCUGACACUUCUGUUUUCUCAUAGAAACAGAUUCAAUCAAACAGUAAUUUUAUUUAUUCAUUUUAUUUAUUUAUAUAUAUUUUUAAAAUAUAUGAUUAAUUCAGAACUAUUAAAGCCAUGUCAUGACAGGUUUAGAGCAUCAUAGACUGGUUAUGUGCUUUUGUAUGCAAUGUACUAUACUGUGUAUUGGACAAACAUUAUAGGAAAUUGUAUGGCAGGAUAAAGCUCAGAUUCGCUUUUCCUGUAGUGGGACAAAAGAUACACAAAUUAACCCCAAAUAUGCCAUUGACGAUAUGGGGAUUAUUUGGUAGUUUUAUACAUACUCUUUACACAGAAUUAACUGAGCAUGUUUAUGGUGCAUGAAUUUCCAAAUGUAAUAAAUGUAACGUGACCCUGUUUCUCUCGAUGUUCUUUCAUUACAUUAAAGUGCUCAUA